AUGAUGCAGGCAUGUUUUAAGACUUGGAUUAUAAAACUUUUCUUCUUUUGCUUUCUGAAUCGGUAUCUUGGAAGCCAACACAUCCAUGUUUCUAUUGAAGGCAAAGUAUCAUUCAACAACCGGAGUCUACAUGCCAUUGGUCACACGCCAAAUCCAUAUGAACAAGCUAUCACGAUUAUUGGAAAGACCCUGGCUCCUUUCGAUGAAGAUAACUUGAUACCUUGUUUCGGCUUUGCCACCACGCACGAUACAGAGGUGUUUAGCUUUCACAGCGAUCGUUCAUCUUGCCAUGGAUUUGAGGAAAUCUUAGAUUGUUACAGGAAGAUUGUUCCAAACUUGAGGCUAGCUGGGAACUGGCAUCUAUUCCCCGGAUUUGGACCAACAUUUUACGCACCUGUAAUCGAUGCUGCUGUUGACGUUGUGGAAAACAGUGGUGGUCAAUUCCAUGUGUUAGUUAUCAUUGCAGAUGGCCAGGCGAUUGUUUUGGUUGGUGUUGGCGAUGGACCUUGGGAAGAUAUGAAGAAAUUUGAUGAUAAGAUUCCGUCGCGUGAAUUCGAAAACUUCCAGGUUUCGAUUGAGGGAUUAUGA